AUGGCACUGCCUCGCCUGAUCUUCUGGUCGUUGGCUCUCACUCUUGUUCAACUCGGCAAUACUGAGAGCCUCCAACUGCCACACCUACCGAAACAUACCCCCAGACAAGCUCCCUUCCCAAGCAACAGCUCUUCCCACGGAACUCUUCCCGGCACAGUUCUGAGCUCUGCCGCGACUACCACCACAGACCUCCGCCAUGAUCCACUUUCGCCCGCCUUGACAGAUACGACCAGGGUUACGACCAGUGAAACAAGUCCAAGUCUGACAGGCACCAGCUCUUUGACGGAAACCAGUCAUCCUUCUGUGACUACCAAGGUGUUGACAACGUCAUCAACUCCUUCUGAAACUACCACGUUGCCGGAUGCUACGACGUCCCAGCAGACAGCCGCAUCACCCGUGCCUAGCCAUACUGAUCCUCCGAACAUUGGUGGCGGAGGGCACGGAGAUGACCGAGGCGGAGAUCAUAACCAAGGGGGCGGAGGUGGCAGCAGUGGAGGGGGCCGGGAAGGGGGCGGCGGCGGAUCCAGCGGCGGCGGAGGAUCGAGCGGCGGUGGAAGCUCAGGCGGUGGCGGAGGAUCAAGCGGCGGCGGCGGCGGCGGCGGCGGCGGUGGUGGCCAGAACGGAGACGGCAAGAAUGGGGAUGACAAGGACGGUAAAGAUAACAAUGAUGACAAGUCGAAGACAGAGGAACCAACUUCGAAGAAGACCAGUGAAUCCCGGUCUUCAACAUCGACAUCAUCCGAAUCCUGCACCGAAACUGUCACUGCUACUUGGCAGAGUGUCUUCUGUACCGUCACAGUCACUACCAUUACCGCAGGCGCGUCUCAGCCGGUGCUACAGAGGAGAGGUAAGGAAUGCUCCACCCUCGCAUACCGUACAGUAUCUGGCUGCUCGGUCACUGCAAGUACUGCCACCUCUUCGGUAUCCGCCACAGCCACCGCCCGUCCAAACCAAUGCGAGGCGGGUGGGCCUUGUGCUGGAGGUGUUGGAUGCUCCGUUGGAAAGAGGGCUCUUGGAUCUCCAAAGUCAAAGGCCCUUACGCCAAGGCUUGACGAACCAUCAAGGCCAAACCCGCAAGCCGCCCCCAAACGCAAGACAGAACCAGACCCUGGCUCUUGGGCCGAGCCGGCUAACUACGAGGAAGCUUCAGAUAACCUCUUCUUUCGCGGGGAGGUUGCUCUGGCAUAUUCGAAGAAUGACCACGUGACCACAGAUUUCCCUGGGACUUCAUCGAACUCCUUCGAAUUCCAGGAUAAGCCGGACACUCUAGCAGUACAAGGACUCUAUGGAUGCACGGCUGUAGUGAUAGUAUCUCAAAAGGGGGUUCUCGCAUUCCAUAUUUGGCAGCUGCCUACGUUUGAAGGACGAUUUGAUUUCGCAACUAAUCAAGCACCGCCAUCAUCGGAUGCCGAGUUUAAAGCCGGUGCCAUAGACCCUUUGUCUUUCGGCACGACUAUGUCUCAUAAGCUGGGAAUUCUCAACCUUCGGGACCAAAACCCGGCAUACAAGGCUGUCCCGGAUCUCGAAUACAUGUCGAAAAUGCUCAACGACGAUGCAGCUCCAGAGGUCUAUGUAGUAACUCCUACAGCUAUCAGGGGACAGAGCAUCAUCACUGCGCAGACCUUACCACUCAAGUUCCCGCGCAUAAGCAAAGUUUAUGAGGAACUAAAGAGGAUCUUUACUCCUUACGACAUCCCCAUUAAGGAGGUCAAAUACUCGCAGUAUUCCCCGCUUGACGACGAUAACCUGUCGGAUCCUCGCUAUGAAGUUCCGGGUGGGAAGGUUUUGGUACAGUAUCAGCCAGCAUCCAGUUGCGAUGGCAAGGCAAGGUAUCGAGUGUGGUUUGAGGGAAAGUUGAUGAAUAGCCCGGAUGGUGCUCGCAGCGAAAAGGCAUGGAAGCCGUAUAAGUACCAAAUAUUCAACUCUGGCAAGCCGGGUGGCUUGAACGCACGUGAUGCGUGUCCACUGAGGGAUCCCGAGUCGUCUGGGAAGACAAGCCAGCCAACGACUACAGAGGAGAAGACAACGGACACUGCAAGCUCCACGGAAAAGUCCUCGAUGAUCACUCCCCCGCCGGCAACAACGACGGCGGUAGACGUGAAGCCCUUCUGCCUACCAGACAACCGCCCUGCCCAGAGCAUAUUCCAAUGCAGAUGCUCUGAGGGCAUCACCGUAUCUCCUUUCGCUCCCGGCCACGACAUUCAAUGCCCGGAGACUUCACCCGGGCCGGAGUGGCAGACAAUAAGCCCCAAAGUCACACCGACCAAGACGGAGGCGCCGGUGUCGUUUACCACUACGGACGCCAUAGGCAACGUCCAGCUGUGCACUUCUCUCUCGACCGCCAAUUUCGGAGGCGUACAAGCCACAGUAUGUGUCGGUCCGACCCUCUCGGAGAAGACGUUCGCUCCGCCUCCCCCGCAGCCCACCCACACGUGUAGAGUGCACAUCUUUGAGCGUGCUAAGUGGGACUACGACGGCCACCAUUUCACCGCCGAGAUUACGCUCUAUGACCGCAAAGAUAAGGUCCUGUACCAGCAUGCGUACAAUGACCUCAUGAGGUACGGGACGAAGCUGACUCUCCCUGAGGACCUUUUCCUGCAGGGCAUAAGUUUCACGUUCCUGGCGGGAAAGGCAGAACCGAAGAAGAAUAAGAAGCGUGAGAAUGUAGAUUUGGAAUACGAUAUCGAAAUUACCGCUGGUCCGGACGUGCGGUGGUCGACGAGGGAUAGGGAUACGUCCAAGUUGCCGCACUGCCAGGUCGGGGAUUGGAACAUGCAUCCGGGCGAGGCAAAUUGGGUCAAAGGGGAGCCUUAUGAUAAGCCUCCAGUGAGUUCUUCUUUCUUAAAGCUGAUCGAUGUUGAGCCUGAAACUGACGUGAAAGCAGGACCGCCAGAUGGACUGUCGUUUUGCGUGUUAGAGCCUGCGCAUUUCGAAAAGCUCAUCUUCACAUUCUUCUCCAACAAUAUGAGUGGAAAACUUAAUACUGGUUGA